CAUGUGCGUAUUGCGGUUAUCGUUAGUACAGGUAAAUAAUUUUUAAAACGAAAUGGAUUACGUAGUGGGAAGUGUGGCAGCUUUAAUAACUGGAGCCGGGAAUACUACUCCGAAUAGGCCUAGACUCGUGAAAAGGGCUCUUACACCCACAAAACAUCAACCUUCUCCUAAUGUUACUCCGAAAAGCGAGUUAGUCGACGAUAGGUCAAUUUUUCUAUCCCCUACUCUGCAGAAAAAGAAGGCUAUAGUGAAGAAAUCACCUAAAAGAAUCUUUCAGAACCCUGACUUGGAUAUAACGAACGAUGGUGAAGGUAAAUCGAGUUUAGUCAGUCCAAAAGCGGACAAAGCUAAAAAGCAUUUGAAAGACGAUUUAGAAGCGAAUACAACGCCUAACAAUGAUGUUGGAAAAGUGAAUUCUCCUAAAAAGGCUAAGAAUAAUGUAGAUUUGGCGUUGAACAAAAAAGAAAUUAAAACAAAUGACAAUGACGAAAAAUUAAGUCAAACAUUGCAGGUUAAUAACGAAAGCACGCCUAAAAAGAAAAAGAAGCAACGAAAUUUCGUUACAUUACCUUCUGAACGCGAAAUAAUUGAUGAAAAGGAAAAUUUGACCAGUUCAGAGUGUAACGAAGUUGCAAGUAAUGAAACUGCAACAGUGAGUACAGAAAAUGAUACUCCUAAGAAAAAGAAAAGUAAAUUGCAGGAUAUUGAAAAAUCAGUAUCCAAUAACAAUGAAAUUUUAAAGAAACUUGACGAUAAUGACAAGAAAAGUCUUAAGAAAAAUAAAAAACUAAAGAAAUCUGGAUCGCAAGAAAUUGUUGUAGGAAAUGAAGAUCAAAACGGAAAGGAACCUACUCUGGUUAACACAGGAAAUUCACCUGCAAAGAAAAAAAAUAAAAAACGUAAAAAGAAAUUGAAGAAAAACCAAAACAUUGAUACUCAGAGUCAACAACUGAUGUCAAAUAAAGAAAAAAAGUUGAAGGUGAAUCCAAAUGCAAUAACAAAUAUGGAUACAGACUCGGAACACGAUUCAGAUGACGAAAUAAAUUCAGAUACAGAGCAGACCAAUAAAGAUAUUUUAGACACUGGCCCCGCCUCUUCAGAUGAUGAACAAGAAAAUGAGGAAGUGAAGAAACCUGAGAAGAAUGCUGAAAAGGACUUUGAUGAUGCUGAAGUCAUUAAAAGGACUUUGUUUGUAGGCAAUGUUCCGUUCAGUAAGAAAUGUAAGAAAGAAAUUAAAAAGAUGUUUAGUAAAUAUGGACAUAUAGAGAAUGUCCGAAUCCGCGGCAUCCCAGUAAAGGACGCGCGCACGACACCUAAACUGGCAGUCAUCAAGUCGGAGCUGCACCCAGAAAGGACAUCUGUAAACUUAUACAUUAAGUUCACAAACCCACAGUCUGUUGACAAGGCGUUAGCAGAAAACAACACAGUCCUAAACGGCUACCACCUGCGAGUGUCUCGCAGCGACACCACCGGCUUCACUCACGAUCCGAAGCUGUCCGUGUUCGUUGGGAACCUGCCAUUCGCAAUUGAAGACGAAGGGCUUAGAGCCAAGUUUGAGAGCUGUGGUGAUAUUGAGUCCGUCAGAAUUGUGAGGGAUAAACAGACUAGUGUUGGGAAAGGUUUCGGUUUUGUAAACUUUAAAACAAAAGACAGUGUAGAGUUAGCUCUCGCUUUAACUGAAGAAGAUUUGACAAUUAAAAACAGAAUAUUGCGUGUCCAACGAUGCACACUAACACAGAAAGGCCAAGGACAUAAAAAUGAAGGACUGAGAAACCACGGUCAAAGAGAUCAAGGACAAGGUCAGAGGAACCAGGGACAGAGAAAUUGGGGACAAAGAAAUCAGGGACAAAAUCAAAUGGGACAAAGAAAUAGGAAUCAAAUGGGUCAAGGUCAUAGAAAUCGGGGUCAAAUGCAACAAGGCCAAAGAAAUCAAGGCCAAAUGGGCCAAGGACAGAGACAUGUUAAUUUUAAAGAACAAGGCGCGUACAGGCGAGUUAUGAAUAAACGACCACGUGAGGAGAGUGAUGUAGGGGGACCACCGAAUAAGAAAUCGAAGGACUUUCAUACAGGCAAAGAGAAGAAACCACGGCAGGAGUUUGUUGGUAUGACUGCGGAGAAAAAGAAGAAACGCAAGUUCGACAAAGGUCAAAAGAAGAAGAAAGCCAUCAGCGAAAUUCUUUCGAAGAAAGCAAAUUAAUGGACACACGAGUUCAAAUAAUAAUGAUUAUUCGUAUUUAUUGAACAAAGACCCGAUU